CUGAUUCUACCAUUACAAAAAAAUUAUCAGGAUAUCAGCACCAUUCUGGCACAAUUGACAAAAUUUUAAAACAGCAUCAUAAAACGCAGCAUCAAACAGCAAUAAUAAAUGCUGAUCCAAAAUUAAAGGUCUACAAUCGUGCCAGAAUAGGGAAAAAUAGUAAGGUAAAUAAG